AUGAUUCGGCGCGGUGGGUAUGCCGCACGCAUGGGUGAUCGUUUCGCGCUUUAUCCGGAUGAUAUCCGCACGCGUCUGCUUAACGGCGAUUUCGUCUGGAUUCAUGCAGUCUCGGUUGGCGAGGUGCAGGUCGCGGGACAGCUCAUGCGGGAGUGGCGUAAGGUUGAUCCCGAGAUCGCGUUUGCCUUCUCGACGACGAGUUCAACGGGCUGGAAAAUGGCCGAGAAGGAAGUGAGUGAGCGGGAUGUUCUUAUUUAUAAUCCGCUUGACUUCCCGACCUUCGUCCGUGCCGCGCUCGAAACGGUGCGUCCGCGAGCAAUCGUGCUUACCGAAUCUGAGAUUUGGCCGAACUUCAUUCGUAAAGCGCAUAAGUUAGGCAUUCCGCUUUUUCUCAUCAAUGCUCGGGUUUCCGAUCGGAGCGCGCCACGUUACCGGGCGGCGAGAUUCUUCUUCGGCGAUGUUUUCCGCGCUUUUACGAAAAUCUUCGCGCAAAGCGAUCUUGACAAGGCUCGUCUGGUUGCGGCAGGGGCAUCGGCGGAGCGGACGGAUGUGACGGGGAGCUUCAAGUUUGAUGUUGCCCACCGGAACGAGGCGAAGGAGCUUGAACUUAAGGCAUGGCUCAAGGAGAAUGGGGCAGCCGAUGACGCGAAGAUCCUGCUUGGCGGAUCAACUUGGCCUGGCGAGGACGAAGCUCUCUUGCGCAUUUAUAAGACGCUGCCGGCAGGCGCUCUUCUCAUUAUCGCUCCACGACAUUUUGAGAAGGCGGACGCGGUUGAAAUGAAUGUUCGUGCGGCUGGUUUCGAAUGCGUGCGCCGUUCCAAACCCCCCAAACCUUCCAAACUUCCUGAACCUUCCAAACCUCCUGAACCUUCCAAACCUCCUGAACCUUCCAAACCUUCUAAACCUUCUUUCCCCAUUUUCCUUGCAGAUACGACUGGUGAGCUUAUGGGGCUUUAUGGUUUGGCGGAUGUCGUAUUCGUUGGCAAGUCGCUUUGUGCGCACGGUUCACAGAAUAUGAUUGAGCCCUGCCUUUGCGGAAAGCCGACGAUUGUUGGACCUUAUACCGAGAACUUUCGUCCGGUCAUGAGUGACCUUCUUGAAUCUCGGGCCAUUACGCAAGUUGCUGAUGAGGCUGCGCUUGGCACGGAGAUUCGUGCGGCAAUGGCGGUCGAUUCGGAGAGCGAUAUGAAACCUGGCGCACUUCUGAUUUUGCUUUUUUUGGUGAUUCUUGCCGGUUGCCGUAAGGAAGAGACCAUUGAAAUCCGUAAAACCUGCGAGCCGGUGAAAUCUGCCGCCCGCGGCAUUUUCCGUCUGGAGAGUGCGGUUCCGCCGAAGCUCCGUCCGCAAUUCGUUUCGCUCGAUGUCGCGGGGCUUACGUCCGCUGAACUUAAAACUAAACUGCUUGCUUUCACGAACGCGCCUUCAGCGCAUGUGUGGAUGCCGGGCGAAAAGAGUUGGAUUGUCGUUCAGCAUGCGCCACAGGCGCAAGUGAAGCUUGCUUGGGCGAUGGAGGCGAUUGCGGAUGAUGCGGCGUGUACGCUUUCGCUGCCCGAGGUUUUUGCGAGUUAUGCCGGCACUUUGGCGGAGAUCUUGCCGGCGUUUGAGUCGCAGCUUGAGGGUGAGGUUGUGCCGGAGUGGUUUGUAACGAAGGCGAUUCCGAAGAUUGGUUGGCUCGAUACGACGGGGGUGGAUACGGAUAUUCUCAAUGCUGCGCUUGCCGAGAUCCGCUCAAUGCAAGUCGUGCGUCGUCUAAUUCUUGAGGGCGUGAUGUUCUCUCGCAAAGCGAUUGACAAGAAGACGGAAGAGGCGGCGACGGAUAGGUGGGCGCGGGCAAUGAAGCGCAAUCCUUCGGAUUCGAUGCUUCUGGAACGAUUGGAUAAUCUUGAGAAAAACGCCCGAGGCUUUUUGGAGGUUGGGAAGGUGCUGCAGGCGAUGAAAUGCUAUGAGACGAUGAUUCUCAUCAAUCCCAAGGAUGCGGUGGCCAUUCACAACUUUGGCAUUUGUCUACGCAAGAUCGGACGGACGGAUGUGGCCGAGGAAGUGCUUAAGCGCGCGGAGGAGCUUACGAAAUGA